CGUCAUUGCAGGGUUGUUUGUGCAGUCUCGGCAGCGGCGGUGACCCACAGUGAUUUGGCUGCCGCGCCGGGGGGUGGGGGGGCUGCGCGGGACUCUUUUCUCUCAGACUGACCGCGGGGCAGCUGGGGAGCAUGUCGACCCCGGCCCGGAGGAGGCUCAUGCGGGAUUUCAAGCGAUUGCAAGAGGACCCACCUGUGGGUGUCAGUGGUGCACCAUCUGAAAACAACAUCAUGCAGUGGAAUGCAGUUAUAUUUGGACCAGAAGGGACACCCUUUGAAGAUGGUACUUUUAAACUAGUAAUAGAAUUUUCUGAAGAAUAUCCAAAUAAACCGCCAACUGUUAGGUUCUUAUCCAAAAUGUUUCAUCCAAAUGUGUAUGCUGACGGUAGCAUAUGUUUAGAUAUCCUUCAGAAUCGAUGGAGUCCAACAUAUGAUGUAUCUUCUAUCUUAACAUCAAUUCAGUCUUUGCUGGAUGAACCAAAUCCAAACAGUCCAGCUAAUAGCCAGGCAGCACAGCUUUAUCAGGAAAACAAACGAGAAUAUGAGAAAAGAGUUUCGGCCAUUGUUGAACAAAGCUGGAAUGAUUCAUAAUAGACAACUGGUCUGUUAAUCUUUUUCAUCAUUGUUGUGUAUAAUUUACCUCUCAGUAGAAAGGCUAAUAAAUUUUAAGUGCCACAGGUUUUAAGGAUUCAGCAGAAAAAAAAAAAAAUCUCCUUCAGUUUAGAACCCACAGAAGCUUGUGUAUCUUGAUUAAUGUACUUUUUAUUGCAUGGUAUGAACUAAGUUAUUGCUGCAUAAAUUUGUAAUAUAUCCUGUUUGUAUUUUUUUCCAAGUGUAUAAUGUUGGUGUGGAGUUUUCAUGACAGAAUAUACACAUUUUGUAAAUCUGUACUUUUUUCAAAUAUUGAAUGCCUUAUUUUUGAAUUCUUUAGAUUUUUAAAUUGGAGAAAAGCACUUAAAGUUUUUUAUAUAUGAAUAUUACAUGUAAAGCUGUUAAAAUACAUAACUUCAGUGCAAGAGA